GUUCGGCCGGGGGGCGGGGCCUCGCCGAGGACCCUGGGCUGGGCGCCUGUGCCGGUUUGUCUACCCUUCCCCUCAGCCGCCUCCUUUCAACCUUGUCGGCCGGUUGGCGCGGUCUCCAUCCCAGCGGCGACCGCUCCUUUUGCAGCCGCAGCUCUCUCCCUUCGAUCCCUUCCCGCCAGGUCCCGGAGUUCGCCCGCCAUGGCUCUACUCACUGCGGCAGCCCGGCUCUUGGGAGCCAAGAACUCAUCCUGCCUCGUCCUUGCCGCCCGGCAUGCAAGUGCUUCUUCCACGAAUUUGAAAGAUGUUCUGAGCAAUCUGAUACCUAGGGAGCAGACCAGAAUUAAGACCUUCAAACAGCAACACGGAAAGACAGUGGUGGGCCAGAUCACUGUGGACAUGAUGUAUGGUGGCAUGAGAGGCAUGAAAGGACUUGUGUAUGAGACAUCGGUUCUUGAUCCUGACGAGGGCAUCCGUUUCCGGGGCUACAGUAUCCCUGAAUGCCAGAAACUGCUGCCUAAAGCUAAGGGUGGGGAAGAACCCCUGCCUGAGGGCUUAUUUUGGCUGCUGGUGACUGGACAGAUGCCCACAGAGGAACAGGUAUCUUGGCUCUCACAAGAAUGGGCAAAAAGGGCAGCUUUGCCUUCUCAUGUGGUCACCAUGCUGGACAAUUUUCCAACCAAUCUGCACCCCAUGUCUCAGCUCAGUGCAGCCAUCACAGCCCUCAACAGUGAGAGCAACUUCGCCCGGGCAUAUGCAGAGGGCAUGAACCGAACCAAGUACUGGGAGCUCAUCUAUGAAGACUGUAUGGACCUGAUUGCCAAGCUACCAUGUGUUGCGGCAAAGAUCUACCGGAAUCUGUACCGGGAGGGCAGCAGUAUUGGGGCCAUUGACUCUAAGCUAGACUGGUCCCACAAUUUUACCAACAUGUUAGGCUACACAGAUCCUCAGUUCACCGAGCUCAUGCGUUUGUACCUCACCAUCCACAGUGACCAUGAGGGUGGCAAUGUAAGUGCCCACACCAGCCAUUUGGUGGGCAGUGCCCUUUCAGACCCUUACCUGUCCUUUGCAGCAGCCAUGAAUGGGCUGGCAGGACCUCUACAUGGACUAGCCAAUCAGGAGGUGCUUGUCUGGCUGACACAGCUACAGAAGGAAGUUGGCAAAGAUGUGUCAGAUGAGAAGUUACGAGACUACAUCUGGAACACACUCAACUCAGGACGGGUUGUCCCAGGAUAUGGUCAUGCAGUACUAAGGAAGACUGACCCACGUUAUUCCUGUCAGCGAGAGUUUGCUCUGAAACAUCUGCCUAAGGAUCCCAUGUUUAAGCUAGUUGCUCAGCUGUACAAGAUUGUGCCCAAUAUCCUCUUAGAGCAAGGGAAGGCUAAGAACCCUUGGCCCAACGUAGAUGCUCACAGUGGGGUGCUGCUCCAGUACUACGGCAUGACGGAGAUGAAUUACUACACAGUCCUGUUCGGAGUGUCGAGGGCACUGGGUGUGCUGGCCCAGCUCAUCUGGAGCAGAGCCCUAGGCUUCCCUCUAGAAAGGCCCAAGUCCAUGAGCACAGACGGUCUGAUGAAGUUUGUGGACUCUAAGUCAGGGAAAAACCAAAGUAGUCUUUGACUAUGAAACUGCAAAGGAACAUAAAACAUGGGGAAUCCUUCCCAGGCAGGCCUCACCUUGACCAUGUGUGGUUUGACCAUGGAGACUGCAGAGGUAUAACGUUCCAAGACGGGUGGAAACCCAACCUC